CAGUGGCAGCUGCGUAACAGACAUGUGCCUUUGUGGAUGCCGGAUGGAUGGCAAGCUUGGCUGACCAGCGGUGCUUUUUGCCCCUGGACCUCGCCUUCAGCUUCCUGGCCUGGCGGGAUUUGGUGCCAGCUUCCGCAGUGAGCCCUGCCUUCCUCCGAGCACAGGCAGGGGCGCUCUGUUGCUGCAGCCUUGCAGGGCCCGUCACCGCCUUGCCCUGCAGCGAUGGCGCGCUGCGGUGGCUGGCGCGGCGGGCAGCCUGUGGGGUGAGCCCAGGAGUCGAAUUCCUGAAGAUCAGCGCUACGGCCUGCCGGCACACGGACGCAGGAGCACUGGCGGUGUCUACCGUAUGCGAGCCUUUGAGAGUUCUUCACUUCCACAGCAAGGUUGCGCUGCGUGAGAGCUCGGCCACUUUGUCGCCCAGGGGAUUGCAGGCGCUUUUGGGCUCUGGGCGCCCUGCACUGCUUCGAGCUGUGCUCCAUGGGGACGCGGUCACGGACGCGGCCCUGGAGAUCCUGUCUGCCGGCAGCCCGCUGCUGCAGGCUCUUUGGCUCAGCUGCUCCGCACAGGUCUCGGCCGGUGCGGUCAGGAAGCUGGCGAUCUCCGCUUUGCAGCUCCAGGACCUGCGGCUGGAUAGCUUACGCUCUGCCUUUGCAGGGGAUUUCAAGGAGGUUCUGGCGAUGCCGCGGCUGCAGUGCGUGCUGGUGGCGGAUGCCGUGCAGUUGCCCCCCGUGCUUUCUGCUUCAGAUGUGCAGCGAUGGCAAGCGAUGCGGCGCUUGGCCAUUCUGAUCGAGGCAGGGUGCCCGAUUUGCCCCAGCCGGCCGCUGGACCACUGGGCGGCGGAGGCUUUGGGGCAGCUGCCCUGCCUGGAGUCCUUGGCCUUGGCCAACGUUUGCGUGGGAGACCACCUGCUGCAAGCUCUCCACGGGUCUGUGACUUUGUGCGCUCUGUCCUUGGAGGGUGAUCAUGGGGCUACGCUGCCAGGCAUUUGUGGACUGCUGCGGGCGCGAGGACGUGCCGGCGCUGGCCUGCUGGAAGAGCUGCAGCUGACAGCAGGUCUCACGUGUCAGGUGGACGAUGCCGUGCUGCUGUGCUUUGUGCGGCUGGGCAUCACCUACCUCACGCUGGAGGGGGCCAACAUCAGCAAAGACGGCAUUCGCCGCUGCGCGGGGCUGCAGGCCCUUCGUGCGAAAUCCUGCGGGGAGUUGGACUUGUUGCCACCUGUGGCACGCUUGGGCCCGCCGCCCCGCAAGAAGAAGCCCGGGCCUUUCGCGGCGAAGGCGCUGAAGGCGAAGACAGACGGCGGGCUGGCCUCGGGAUGGGAUGUGCGGCUCUUGGGCUCGGACCAGCAACUCUGCCAUUGGUGGCAGAAGGGUUACCGCUACGAUGACAUGAGCUGGUAUGGUCUGGAGCAUGCCUGAUGGAA